ACGACAGUAGUACAUCGAGAUUAAAAGAUUUUGUUGUUGCGUGACAGAUUAUUAUUAGUGAUCGUAUAAUAUUAUUCCUAACAAAAUCAAGUUUGUGAUUGUGAAACGUGAUAUUUUGUUUAAAAAAUUCAAAAUGCCAGGAACACCCAUGAAAGAAGAAAAUGAUACAUUACAGAAGCUGCAAAUAACGGAACGCCCUCCGGUUGCGAAUUGUGAGCCCGUUGUGCGGGAAAUAACACAGACCGAUAGAUUAAACAAGAAAUUAUUAGUAUCACUUUUAGAAAGAAUGAAUAAAUCAGGUGAUGAGUUCGAUAAAUUCAUGGACAAAGGAAAUAAUAGUUGCGAUUCACAAGAUGACAGUGAAUUUUAAGUAAAAUAUAAAUGUACUUG